AUGGCUUCUGGGUCGCCGUCGUCCUCUCCGGACACUGCGACGGGCUCAGGUACAGACCCAGCCCGGCCCGACACAGGGGAGCCCCUCGGUGGAGCAGGCUCGGACUCGGACUCUGACCUAGGUUUGGGUAAAUUUGACUGCAGCGCCAUGGAAAUGGGGGACAGACUGGAGGGAGACGAGCUGGAGCGCGAGUUCGAGUCCGCAGCCGAGCGGGUACGAGAUCUGGUCCAGACUGCCAGCAGGGACCAGCUUUUGUACCUGUAUGCCCGCUAUAAACAGGCCAAAGUGGGAAAGUGCAAUAUACCAAAGCCUGGCUUCUUUGACUUUGAAGGACAGAGAAAAUGGCAAGCCUGGAAGCAGCUUGGAGACAUGGAGGCGGAGCAGGCAAUGCAGGAGUACAUUUCCUGUGUCAAUGUUUUAGACCCUGAAGGCUGCACGAAGGAAAGACGAGGAGCAGAAAGAAGAACAGGCUUCGGAGGAGCAGCAGUCAGCUCUCUGUACCAGGAGGAGAUGAUCAGGGAAGAGGACAAGAACAUCUUUGACUACUGCAGAGAAAACAACAUCGACCACAUCAGCAAGGCCAUCAGCUCCCAGACAGUGGAUGUCAAUACUAAAGAUGAAGAGGGUCGGGCUCUCCUGCACUGGGCCUGCGACAGAGGACACAAGGAGCUGGUGUCCGUAUUACUGCAGCACAAAGCCGACAUCAACGGUCAGGAUAAUGAAGGACAAACAGCGCUACAUUAUGCAUCGGCGUGUGAGUUUGCAGACAUCGUGGAACUCCUGCUGAACGCUGGAGCCGACCCGUCCAUUAAAGACAUGGAGGGUUCUCUCCCCGAGGAGGUCACUGAAUCAAGCGCCAUCUCCUCUCUCCUGCGUCAGUACACUGCUCCGAAAGGCUAGGUCACCCACCUGCCACCACCCCACCCCUGCCCCUGUCCUUCUCUCCCCAUGUUCAUCCCCAGCAGGAUUGCAUAGGUUUUAUUUGACUUUAUUUCCAAAUACUUGAGGUGAGUUUGAUUUCAUUGGCUAUUUGGAACUACAGGGGGUGAACAUGAGCCCUUCCAAUCUGAUAAGAGACAUGAAAUGAAGCACACCACAUGUAUUUUCAUUUAUUCUGAAUACUGUAUAUUGACUUUAUAUGCCCAGUAGGAAUGGGUGAUAUGAAAGUUACUGUAACUUGUACCUUAGAUCUCUCCUCUGAGCAGGACUGCUUAUUGGUAUUAAUGGAAUGACAGGAUUUGUGCAUCAGUGAGAUGAAAUAUGUGGAUUUGUCAGGUAUUUAAAUCACUCGCGGAACCAACAACCAACAUUCCCAUCCACAUAUUUUAUCCAGAGACGGUAUAACAUUUCUGACAAGUCAAAUCACAGUAUACGAUAUGUUGUUAUCAUGAUAUAAAAUUACAUACUGUUACAGAUGAUUUUAUACAUAUCACCCCCUCUACUGCCCAAGUCUGACAACCAGCCAGGACUUUUGGUCUGGGUCAGCCCUCUCUGACCAUUUGAUCAUUACUCAAUUGUGUUACUUUCAAGGAAUGCUUUGAUCAUUUGUCAUUUAUCUCAUUAAAGUCUUCAACAAAUCUGU